UAAUCGUUCAGCUGUCCGCUCGCACAUGUGGCUUCGUUUGUUUUGUUAUUGUGAAAGAUUUGUGAAUUUAUUAUAAAUAAACUGUAUGCAAGUGCCUAACUUGGAAGUGACUUGAAACUAAAAACCAACAUUUGUUUGAGAUUAAAUAGACAGACAGAAAGCGGGGAAGGCAUUAGCAGAAAGGUUAGCCAAAAUGAUGCACUAUCGCAAGGCCGAGAAUGUGGAGCAGGAGUUGAGCAAAAAUGAUUUACCCUUUGAGGAUUGCUUGCCAAAGGCGCACAAGGAUUUUCUCUGGAUGCACGUCAAGGGCGGCACCAAGGUGAGCAAUGUGAUUGGCUAUGCACAGUCGGCGCUGGAUAAAGGCGAAUAUCGCAGCCUGGUCUGGAGCGGUUCUGGUGGCGGUGUUGUAAAGACCAUAUCCUGCGCUGAGGUGCUGAAGCGCAGCCAUCCGCUAUACCAGGUCACGCGCAUGGGCUAUACGAGCGUGGAGGAGCACUGGAAACCACAAAUGGAUGGCCUAGAGGAGAUCGUUGUCAAUCGCAAAAUACCCACAUUACAUAUACUCAUGAGCCUGGACGAACUGGACGAUAGUAUAGAUGGUUUACAGAAACCCAAUACAACUAGUGAUUUCUGGCAGCAUGAUGAGCCGCCUGCUAAUCGACUUGCAGCUGCCCAUAGAUCUGCGCCCGCCAAUGGACCUGCUCCCGUCAAUAGAUCAGCUCCUGCAGCUAGAGGCACAAAUAAACGCCAAAGAUUUGGACGCAACAAACCGCAACAGCAGCAAUCUCAACAAAAUCAGCAAAGCCAAAGCAAACCUGCAACCGAAAGUGGAGCCAGUGAACAUACCUAACAUACUAAGCUAUUGAAAGGACGGUUUAGUAGUGAAAUGGAAGGAAUAGGCCGAAUAGACCUAAUCAGUGUCUUCUAAAUAGAAAUAUAAUAUACAAAUGUCAGAAAUGGUUUGCUGCGUUAAUAUAAAUCUCUCGAAAUUUUCUUGUGAGUCAUAUAUUCUGUAAAUGAUUUAUAUAUAUAUUUUAUAUAAUAAUAUUUUCACAAACAAUGUGUGACUGAAAAUAAAGUUUUAAGGCAGUUGCUCCAAGAGUCUGCCACUUCCCAUAAAAA